CGGAUGCGUGUGUGUGUGUGUGCGAGGCGCACAUCAUACACACAUCAGAUACCGCAGAUCCAUCAGCGGGCAGCCGGCAGGCAGGCAGGCAGGCAGCCAGCCGGAGAAAGCCCCCCAGAGCCAGGCUGCAGGCGAGACCGCUGCUCCUCGCAAGGUAGUGGAGGAGCGUUUGGCCCCGCCGAGCACCGAUGCUUUGCAGAGCGCAGCUCCAGGGAGCCCGUCACUGCUAAAGAGGUCACAGGCAGCAGACCCGUGCACCCUUUCUCCUGCCAGCCACCCGCCCGUCCCCAAAACGGAGGAGCCCGCCGGCCCCACCAUGUCGUCGGACCCCAGCGCCCCACCGGCGGUGCCGCCCCUGCACUCCCCCAAGUCUCCGGUGUGGCCCACCUUCCCCUUCCAGCGGGAGGGCAGCCGCAUCUGGGAGCGGGGCAAUCUCCUGCUGCGGGACCUGCCCAGCCCCCUUCCCACCAAGAGGACCAGGACCUACUCGGCGACAGCACGUGCCUCUGCCGGCCCCAUCUUCAAGGGCGUCUGCAAGCAGUUCUCUCGCUCCCAGGGCCACGGGUUCAUCACCCCCGAGAACGGCACAGAGGACAUUUUCGUCCACGUGUCUGACAUUGAGGGGGAGUACGUCCCAGUGGAGGGGGACGAGGUGACGUACAAGGUCUGCCCCAUCCCUCCCAAGAACCAGAAGUUCCAGGCGGUGGAGGUGGUUCUCACCAACCUGGCGCCCCACACGAAGCACGAGACGUGGUCCGGCCAGAUCAUCGGCUCCUAGGCGCCCAGGGGGGCCACCGGCCGCUCGGCCCCACGGAGCAAGCCUGCCCAGCCGCUCGCAGGGGGCGCGGGGG